AUGCGAUCAGGGGUUCCAAUUCAGUUGGUCAGCAAUCUCAAGAACACUCAAGUGAAAAAGAAGGGAAAAGCCAGCCUGGAGUGUGUGCUGGCUUCUGAAGAUGUCACCCUGAAGGGGAUGAAGAAUGGACAAGUGAUGGGGAGGUUUCCUAAGUACACCAGGAAGGAUGAAGGGAGGAGAGCAGAGCUUAUCAUUAGUGCUGCUGAGCGGAGUGACUCGGGAGAUUGCCCAGCGAUCGCUAUGCAGGACAGUGAUCCUAAGGAGCAGUACAGCAGUGCCCGUGUGACUGUGGAGGAGACAUCUGCAACUAUGAAGAAUGUAUGUGAUGUUCAUGCUCUAACUGGGGAUCCUGCCAAGCUCUGUGUUGUCCUGAAUGAUGCAAAAGUGGAAGGAAUAUGGCUCAAGGAUGGCAAAUAGAUUACGGCCAUGAAAGGGAUCCAGACAGUGAAGCAGGGAGACAUCCAUUAACUCAUCAUUGAGAAAAUAGAGGAGCAUGAAGGGACCGUUACCGCGAAGACUAAGCGUAUGGCAAGCAUUAAGCGUACGGCAAGCAUCAAGGUGCCUUUCAAGGCAAAGCCAGUGCCCAAAGUCAGGUGCUUCAACGAUGAUACUGAGGUGACAGAGGAAGAGAAAGUGGUGAUGGAGAAAGCCAGCGACUACAUUACAAUCAAAACCUGUGCAAGAGAAGACACCGGAGACAUUGUACUGAAUCUGAAAAACGACUCUGGCUCGGCUUCUGACAAUAUUCUUAGCUCAACCUUGUUAGUAGGUCCUAAAUUAAUCAUUUUAUAG